GAGAGAGAGAGAGAGAACCAUGUAUUUUGCCAGGAGCCCCGGUGACGUCACGGGGUACGGUUUAUUUAUAAAAUCACCGACGACGUUGCUCGCGCUUGGAUUCGUACUUUGAGCCUACUCGUGCACCUGGCACGGCACGUCGCACAAGUCGCCGCGGGUCGACGACGUUGUCCCAGUUCUCUUCGCCGUCGCGCUCGUCCUCGGGUCCUCGCGGGUGGCACGUAAGUAUCUAGAUACAGACGUGGAUUAGGAGGCAAACAUGAGUCUACAGUGGACGCUCAUCGCCGGCUUCCUCUACGUCGAGAUCGCGAUCGUGCUUCUCCUGGUGCUGCCGGUGGCCUCGCCUACGAGAUGGCAGAAGCUCUUCAAAUCACGCUUCUUGCAGAGUAUAAAUAAUCAGGCUUCCAUUUAUUUUGUGAUUCUACUGGGCGUCCUAGUCCUCUUCCUGCUGGACGCCAUACGAGAGAUGCGCAAGUACUCCACCAGCUUGGAGCACACCGACCGCCACCAUCAGCUGAACCUCGAGAUGCAAGAAAACAUGAGAUUGUUCCGCGCACAGAGGAAUUUCUACAUAUCCGGCUUUGCGCUGUUCCUGAGCCUGGUGAUACGCCGCCUUGUCGGCUUGAUAUCGACCCAAGCUACUCUGCUCGCGCAGAACGAAGCGGCCAUGCGGCAGGCCCAGUCUGCGACGACUACGGCCAGGAGCUUGCUGUCCCAGAGGACAGUCGGGGAAAGUGCGCAGAACGACUCCAACGAGGCGCACGAUAAAGCUGUCUCGGAACUGAAGAAUCAAAUCAAGGAGUACCAAGCUAAGAACAAGGAGCUCGAGGAAAUUUUGAAUAGAGAGAAGAAGGAUAAGGAAGCGAUAAAGUCGCAGGCGGACUCAGUCGCGAGGGAGUACGAUCGUUUGAAUAAGGAGCACGCCAAGCUCGCGCAAACCUCACAAUCGAGUGGUGAUAAGAAAACUGAUUAGACAAGGGCGUUGAGAUUUUGCCUCGUUUUCCUUCUUAAUUAUUUUAAACAGCUUAGGACUCAUUUGCCCGUGAGUCCUAAAACUUUGUUACGUUAUGUUGAAUCACCUGUAUUGCAUAAUAUAAGCAGGCAUCACAUUUCGCGGGUUAUUAUGACGUUUACAUACUUUCGUUGGGAGAUUGUAUACAAAUAUUACUAUUGUGUGGUGGUGUAACGUGCCUCUUAAUACACUGUACAUCCCCCUUCCGAUUUUGUGCACCUGCUGUGCAUAAAAGCUCGAACCCAUCUUUCUUCAUUCGUGAUAUGUCGUCGUUAUUUUUACGAACAGUUAAUGUAAUUCUAAAAAUUCCAUAAAUUAACGUUUUCGUUAUAACUGCUUUGUGUUUCUUCAUUUAAAUCAGUGGUACAAAUCCCGACAGUUAUGCUGUCGGCUGUUAUAAUUUUAUAUCGCACAGAAAAUAACUGAUUACCGCACGCUAUUCGGCAAGUAUUAAUAAUGUAUAAAUAGGAUAUAUAUUUUACAUAUGUAUUAGACAAUAUAUCUUAAAUGUACUUCCAAA